AUGAAUGCAGCCUUUUUUGUAUCCGUCGCAGCUGGAGCUGUUUCAGUCUUUUUAAUCAAAUAUGGGUUCCAGGCGAUUCAAUGGCUAGCUUCAGCUCUUUACUUUUUUAUUCCUAGCCGCUACCGACCUGCACAAAAUCCUGAGGAUGACCACAUUCAGAUCUUGGUGCUGGGCGACAUUGGGAGAAGUCCACGCAUGCAGUACCAUGCCAUUAGUGUUGCUAAGCAUGGCAGAAAGGUUGACAUUGUGGCAUACAAGGAAACUGCCAGGCAUCCCGAACUUAUUGGCAACGACAAAGUGACUAUGUAUGCUCUUGCGCCUCAGCCGGAGUGGAUUGCCUGGGGCACCUUGCCAUUCUUCCUGAACAUCCCGUGCAAAGUCAUUCAGCAGUUUUGGACGCUGUUUUACACCUUGAUGUGGGCUACUCCCGCGGCAAAAUGGAUCAUAAUUCAGAAUCCCCCAUCAAUCCCUACGUUCCAUGUCGCUCUCAUCGUAUCUCUCAUCCGAGGAAGCAAAGUUGUGAUUGACUGGCACAACUAUGGACACACAAUUCUUGCCCAAAAGUCGCUGUACAAGAUUUUUGUCCCCAUUUACAAGUGGUACGAGAUUAUUCUCGGCAAGUUUCUCGGCAACGCCAACCUAGCCGUCACAGACGCCAUGGCUCGAGAGCUGCGAGGCCCAAAAUUCAACUUGAAGAACCCGGUUUACACUCUGCACGAUCGUCCCCUUGAUCUAUUCCAACCAGUCACUUCCGCUGAUGCGAGAAGCGAAUUCCUCAAUCGACUGCCGGAGACAAAACCCCACGCCAAGAAUAUUAUGGACGGAACAAUGCGUCUUAUCGUUAGUAGCACAUCUUGGACUCCAGAUGAGGAUUUCAAUAUCCUCCUUGAGUCGCUAGUAGCCUAUGCGAACCCCGGCGAAAACGACGAUUCAAACGAGCCGCCUUCACCCAUUCUGGCCAUAAUUACUGGCAAGGGCCCCGAGAAGGAAAAGUAUCUCGAGAUGAUUAAACAAAUCCAAGACAGCGGACGUCUACCUGGCAUUAAAAUUCUGACAGCAUGGCUGUCCAACCGCGACUACGCAUCUCUCCUUGGCUGCGCUGACUUGGGCAUUUCCCUGCACAAGUCCAGCUCGGGAGUCGACCUACCCAUGAAGGUAGUGGACAUGUUUGGCGCUGGUUUGCCGGUGGCAGCGUACUGCGCCUUUGAGAGCUUCGGCGAGUUGGUGAAAGAGGGACAGAAUGGCUGUGGAUUCGAGACACCGGCACAACUGACGGAUAUUCUGAGGAGGCUGUUCAGUGAGGAGGGCCAAGAUGAGCUGCGGUCGCUCAAAAAAGGUGCCAUCAAGGAAGGAUCUCUGCGGUGGGGCGAGGAAUGGGAUCGUGUCAUGGCUCCUGUAAUUGGGCUUGAUGACAAACACUAG